CGUAAAUGUCACGUGUUUUCAUGGCAGCUUGCUGUCCAGGGUCAGAGAGGCUGCUCGUUUGACUGGUAAGGUUACAGAGAUUGUAUUUUUCGCAAACCUAUGGAAGAAAAGAAGCCUGAGCAGGAUGAGUUCGGGUACCACUUGUUCCCGGAAAGAGGCAACGGCGAGAGCAAGAAGAACAGUAUCUUGUCAAAGAGCUUGUUUAGCUUUAACCAUAAGUGCCAACUGAUGCUGAAGAUUGCGCUGGACACAAGCCCAUAUGCCAAGUUGCUUUUAGAUGCCAUGAAACAGUCAGGCUGUACAGUUUAUAAAGACAGACACUUCUCUUGUGAAGAAUGUGAUGGAUCAGUCAGUGGAGGAUUUGAUGCUGCAACUUCAGAGAUUGUAUUAUGUCAAAAUAAUAUUCAUCAACAAUCCCAUAUGAACCGCGUAGUUACACAUGAAUUAAUUCACGCAUUUGAUCAUUGUCGUGCACAUGUAGAUUGGUUCAACAAUGUGCGACACUUAGCCUGUUCUGAGAUUAGAGCUGCUAACCUGAGUGGGGAUUGUACGCUUGCUAAUGAGCUUACCCGAUUCAAAUUCGGUGUUAAAGGACAUCAUCAGGUUUGCGUCCGAGACAGAGCCCUUCGUUCCAUUUUAGCUGUAAGAAACAUUAGCCGAGAAACCGCUGAGAAGGCAGUAGAUGAAGUUUUUGAUUCAUGUUUCAAUGACCAUGAGCCAUUUGGGAGAAUCCCACACAGUAAAGCUGACGCAAAAUUUGCAUACAGAGAUUUUCAGAAUCGGGAUCGGUAUUAUGCAAACCUUUGAAAAUUAAAUUGCUGGCGUUGUAUAAUUAUUAAAAACGUUGAUAUAACUUUUAUGUAUGUUAUGUUCUAUGAAGAAUUAAUUAAAUGAAUCCAUUGAAAUAGAAAUAGAAAUUUUUUAAAUAUGAGCAUGUAAUAAUAUUUUUUCUAAUCUCACAAAAAUGAGAUGCAAGCCUACUAUAAAGUAUUCGAGGAAAACUUCAAUAGACUAAUCAUUUUAUAUAAAACUUCUGAAA